AUGCAAUCUGAAAUUGAUUCACUAAAGCAACGAAUUUCUGAACUUGAAGCUGAAAAGGCUGAGCUCGAAGCCAAGAAUGCCGAGCUUUUAAAACAGGUUAUGGAAGAGAGCACCAAACGCAAAGCUGAGAAUGUUGAGCUCAAAGCCAGGAUCGCCAAAUUGGAACAGAAACAGACGCAGGCUAUUACUAAUAAACAGGAGCCAUCUUCUACAAAAGAUAUUUCACUACUUAUCAAGAGCCAUUCUGAUGAGGAGAAAGGUAUUACUCCUAAUCCCUUGCCUGAAAUAGAACAUAUCUCAACCCAGGCCCAAAGGGGCGAAUCUUUAGAUUCAUCUGAAUCUUCAACGGA